CUCCCUAUCAUUCGUUCUUCCUCCAUCCAUCCAUCCCCACGGCUACAGCCCACACAUGGGAAGCAAAGCAGCAGCCGCAGCAUCAAUGAAGGUUCACCAGCUCGCACGUGGGCUCUGGGCUGCCGCCAGCCCUGAACAUGAGCCCUCCGGCCUCUCCCUCGCCGCUGCUGCUAGUUGCAAGCGUCUCCGCCCCCUCGCCCCCAAGCUCUCUUCCCCUGAAUCUAGUCCUGCCUCCACUGUGUCCUCGGCUUUUGAUCUCAAGAGCUUCAUCAGACCCGAGAGCGGCCCUAGAAAGCUCGGUAGUAGCUCCCCCGACAACGAUGUCAAGAGAGACUCGCCUCCGGUGGAGACGCAUCCUGGAGGGACGCGUUGGAAUCCGACACAAGAACAGAUUGGGAUACUGGAAAUGUUGUAUAGGGGCGGUAUGCGCACGCCCAACGCCCAGCAGAUAGAGCAGAUCACGGCGCAGCUUAGGAAGUACGGAAAAAUCGAGGGCAAGAACGUGUUCUACUGGUUCCAGAACCACAAGGCUCGGGAGAGGCAAAAGCAGAAGCGCAACAACCUCGGACUUGGGCACUGCUCAAGAACCCCGACAUCCCCUACAACCGUCAUUACGACUAUAACUCUCAGCACCACCACUUCUAGGGAGGAAAGUGAAGUAAUUAGAGAUGAGGACAGUCCGUACAAGAGGAAGUGUCGGAGCUGGGCAUUUGAGUUCUUGGAGGAAGAUCAAAGCAAGCUGUUGUCUUGCAGAGAUCAUCAGGCAGGUGUUGGAGAAGACAGAACUCUGGAGCUCUUCCCUCUACACCCGGAAGGCAGAUGAAAGGGUUAGAAAUAACCGUAACUCAACACCCUCCGCUCUCCCUCCUGAAAUUAGUCGAUUCUACGCACGUACACCUUCUAUCAUCUAUAUAUUAUGAUCAGUCCAAAUAGACCAAUGUGAAGCCACUGGAUGUGUGGGAACUAUCUCAGUGCGGUAUCACAGAUCCGAUGGUUUCACCUUGAUCCUGCCCUGACCCCGCCAAUGAUUCCGCUUCGAUGUGGUUUUUCUUUCUUAAGUUCCUUUUCUUCCUUUCUUGACCUCGGGAAAGGAGAAAGACAUGGAAAUCGAGGAUGAGUGUCUCACGUUGUAACUCUACUUGUACUACUGCUCCUGCCUUAUCGUUUCUGACUUAGUAAUCAAAGGAGGGCUCCGAUGUUUCCUUCCA